AUGCAAAUAUAAAAUUUUGCAAGUUUCUUAUGUCUAAAUGGUAUAUUUACUAUUGAAUCAUAUACAUAGAGUAUUGAUAUAGCUUCAAUAGUUAUAUAUUAGAAAUCAAUUGGAAAUAAAUUAAUGAAAUAGUUAAAUAUUGUAGCAAAGAGAGUUGCAUCAUUAAAUUCAUAAGUUCUGUAGAAAAAAAGCAACGUUAUUGUUGUGCAUAUUGUGAAUAAUAAACCUAAGUAUGAAGUAACUAAUAAAAUAACAGGCUUUUUAUAGCAUUAGCUACCAUUAUAUUAGGUCAAAAAUCCAUAUUAGCCACAACUUGAGAUUCCUGAAUUAAUUUCAAGAUUAGGUAUGGAUAGUAACCAUAUAUAAAUUAAGAACAACCAUGAUUUUAAUCUAAAAUAUUUUGCUAAAGUAAUCAAUAUCAGAUAUAAAAAAUAGGUUCCAGUAGAAUAUUCUGAUAUUUAGCCUAAAGUUUUCAUUUUUGGUUCUUUCUAAGAAUCAAGAAUAUAAGAUGAAAAGACAUAUCCUAAUAUUUGUACCAUGUAGAUCAAAAUCAAUAAACAAAAGAAAUUCGUGUGA